AUGGUUAAUUUCGUAAAGAAGAGUACACUAUCGGAGGAAGCUCCGGGCGGUCGUCCCCGCGGGGGGCUCUCCCGGGGGACGGCGGCGGGGGGCAGAGGGGCCCGCAAGCAGGGAGGGGGAGGGGGCCGGCGACAGUCGAGAGCACGUCAGUCCGCGCCGAGCGGCCGAGCGAGCGCGAUGUCCACGUGUGCGCCGCGCGCGUGCUGCCGGCCGCGCGCCCCGCCGACGUUGCUCGACAUCACGGCCAAGAUAGUGGCGGCCGCGAUCCCCUUCCAGCGUAUCGAGGAGCGCUACGAGCGCAUCCCGGAGCCGGUGCAGCGGCGCGUGGUGUACUGGUCGUUCCCGCGGGACGAGCGCGACAUCUGCAUGUACUCGUCGCUGGCGCGCGCGCCGCCCGACGACCACCGCAACAUCGCCUUCUGCCGCGGCCUCAAGCUGCUGGAGGCCGGCUGCGUGGAGAACGUGCUACAAGUCGGUGAGUGCCGGCCGGGACCGCGCCUGCGCCUGUUUACUAAUACGCGCCUCGCCCACCCGCGACGUAUAAAUAAAAACCUCGACGUGUGCGAUCGAUAG